UCAUGAGCCACAAUCAUUUUUAAAGCCCUAGAACCCCAGCUGCAAACGCCUCCCCCAUUGCCGAAUCCACUCACGCCGCUCAAUCCCAAAUCUCAUCUUCAUCAAGAAAUGGCCGUCAGUUUCUCCGACCUCAGUUCCGCCGCCGGCCUCAAGAAGCUCGAUGAGUACCUUCUUACUCGCAGUUACAUUACUGGGUACCAAGCUUCAAAAGAUGAUUUGACUGUUUAUGCUGCUGUCGCCAAGCCUCCAUCAUCGGACUACGUUAACGUGUCACGGUGGUUCAACCACAUCGAUGCACUGUUGAGGAUUUCUGGUGUUUCUGGUGAGGGAUGUGGCGUAACUGUUGAGGGAUCAGCUCCUGUCAGUGAUGCUAUUGCAACUCCUCCGGCAACAGACACUAAGGCCGUUGCUGCUGAUGACGACGAUGAUGAUGAUGAUGUGGACUUGUUUGGUGAGGAGACUGAAGAAGAGAAGAAGGCUUCUGAAGAGCGUGCAGCUGCUGCAAAGGCUGCUGGAAAGAAGAAAGUUGUCGGGAAGUCGUCAAUUGUGUUGGAUAUUAAACCAUGGGACGAUGAGACUGACAUGAAAAAACUCGAAGAAGAAGUUAGAAAAGUGCAGCAGGAGGGUCUCCUUUGGGGAGCAUCCAAGCUUGUCCCUGUUGGAUAUGGAAUCAAGAAGCUGCAAAUUAUGAUAACCAUUGUGGAUGACUUGGUAUCCGUUGACAACCUUAUUGAGGAUUAUCUUACUGCAGAACCACUUAAUGAAUACGUCCAGAGUGUCGACAUCGUCGCCUUCAACAAAAUUUAAUAUGCCUGGUUCAUGAUAUAUAGCUCUGCGGGCACUGGAUCACGAGCAAUGAAGCCUACUUACUCUGUUAUGUCUCUGUUUUGUUUAUUUCCUUUUGAAUGGGUUUGAUACGUUUGGAAUCCUAGAUUGGUUAUGUGUGGAAGUUGUAGACUUGUGACACAAAUUUUAAGUUUGCUUGGGCUUUAUAAGAUGACUAGAUUUUUAUUAUUUA